GACGCCCCGUGGGGGUUCCUGCUGCCGCCUCUGGGAAGGACUGGAGCCCCGCGUGGCGGACACCGCAGCGGUCACGGUUCUGAGACGCUAGGAGCCUGCUCUCCUGCAGUUCAGUGCGCCCUCGCAGCCCGGGCGCUUUGCCCAGCACACGGCGACGGAGCUGGCUGGAGGAGCCGGGGGCAGGACUGGUUCCAGGGGGUGUGCGCGCGUGUCUGACUGGAGAUCCGAGCAGAAGGAGCACCAGGCGGACCUGAGCAGCCAUGCUGCCCGGGGUGGGCGUGUUCGGCACCAGCCUCACGGCCCGUGUCAUCAUCCCGCUGCUGAAGGACGAGGGCUUCUCGGUGAAGGCGCUGUGGGGUCGCACGCAGGAGGAAGCGGAGGAGCUGGCCAAGGAGAUGAGCGUCCCCUUUUACACCUGCCGCAUUGAUGAGGUGCUCCUGCAUCAGGACGUCGAUCUGGUUUGCAUCAACCUGCCGCCGCCCCUCACUAGGCAGAUCGCUGUCAAAACCCUGGGCAUCGGCAAGAACGUCAUCUGCGACCGCACAGCCACGCCGCUGGACGCCUUCCGCAUGAUGUCGGCCGCCCACUACUACCCCAAGCUCAUGAGCAUCAUGGGCAACGUGCUGCGCUUCCUGCCGGCCUUCGUGCACAUGAAGCAGCUCAUCGAGGAGGGCUACGUGGGCGAGCUGCUGGUGUGCGAGGUGCAGGUGCACAGCGGCAGCCUGCUGGGCAAGAAGUACAACUGGAGCUGCGACGACCUGAUGGGCGGCGGCGGCCUGCACUCGGUGGGCACCUACAUCAUCGACCUGCUCACCUUCCUCACCGGCCAGAAGGCCAUCAAGGUCCACGGGCUACUCAAGACCUUCGUGAAGCAGACCGACCACAUCAAGGGCAUCCGCCAGAUCACCAGCGACGACUUCUGCACCUUCCAGAUGGUGCUGGAGGGCGGCGUGUGCUGCACCGUCACCCUGAACUUCAACGUGCCCGGCGAGUUCAAGCAGGACGUGACUGUGGUUGGCUCGGCCGGGCGCCUGCUGGCCAUGGGCACCGACCUGUACGGGCAGCGCAACAGCGCCCCAGAGCAGGAGCUGCUGCUGCAGGACGCCACGCCCGUCAGCAACUCCCUGCUGCCGGAGAAGGCCUUCAGCGACAUCCCUUCGCCCUACCUGCGCGGCACCAUCAAGAUGAUGCAGGCCGUGCGCCAGGCCUUCCAGGAUCAGGACGACCGGCGCACGUGGGACGGGCGGCCGCUCACCAUGGCCGCCACCUUCGACGACUGCCUGUACGCCCUGUGCGUGGUGGACACCAUCAAGAGGUCCAGCCAGACGGGCGAAUGGCAGAACAUCGCCAUCAUGACCGAGGAGCCGGAGCUGAGCCCGGCCUACCUGAUCAGCGAGGCUAUGCGGCGGAGCAGGAUGUCCCUCUACUGUUAGCCCAGACUGGGGACCUAGGGGACUUGGGCCUUCUGCAAGGGGCCCGGAGAAGGGGAAAAAUAAGGGGGAGAGAAUGGCUGUGGGGAAUGUGGGAGUGGGAAGCGGAGGGGCAGCGAGUAAACGGCGUCUGGGAAAAUGAAUAAGACUGCUGGGCUGAGUUAAUAGCCUGGGGGUACUCAGAAGGCCUGCGAUUCAGUUCAAGAGAUUGGGUCUCUGCUGAGCGUUAGCAUAAGGGGGAAAGAGGCUUAGCUGCCUCUGCUGCCUUUUACUAUGAGAAACAAGGAGGGCUUGCUUCCCGCCUACCCCAACCAACCCCACACACACCUUGACCUCCUUUGCAAGCCAAAUGGUCCUGCAAGGUCAAGGCCACUGUUAUCAGAUGGCAAGCUGGGUGAUUGCCAGGCGUCCCGGACGCCCCCUGCCUGCAGGAUAAGACACUGUCUUUACAUGUCCACACAAACCUGUUAGUGUGCGUAGGGGCCGGGUAGUCAGAAAAAGUUCCAGGAAGCCACCUUUUAUUCUACUUAGAGUAUCUAAAGGAAAAAGCACUUGGUAGCAAAGUGUACAGCUUCCUAGAUUGGUUGAUCUUCCUGCCAGGAAGCACUAAGGAAGGUCUUCCUGAUUGCGUCAUUGGCCGUCCCCUGGCAGGAGGUGGGGCGAGGUAGUGUCAGGGAUGGCUAGCAGAAUGAGCGUCUUCAGCCAAAAAGAGCAGGCGCACACGCUACAUGGAAACAGAUGAGGCAGAGAAUAAAAUAUCCCUUUGAAUUUCUCAACAAUUGAAAAACUGCACAGAGUCUCCUCUAACAAUAUUUCCAGUAGAGUGGGACUGAAUGUAAGAGCCAUUAGCUACUGAAGGGUUGAGGUGGUCCUGCCACGUGGCUCUCAAGGGCAAGGCUAAGGAGAUAACUCCAGGCAGAAACCAUGCGGGUUCCAGCUCCUCAGCUGCCCUCCUAGCCUGGGGGCCCCUGCGCCUCAGAGCUGCUGUGGGAAUUCAUUCAGCACGUAGAGGGAGCUUAGCGCUGGGCUCGCUUGGAGCUCUAACGCCCAUCUCUCCUACCGAUCUGGGCAACGACUUUUAGGAGCUUUGUGGAUUUAAAAAGGAGGGCUCCGGCUCUGCUCGAUCUAGUUCUCUGCCCCUAAAAAAAAUUCGAGACUCUUCCCUAGUUUUCGCCUUUGCUCUCAGGAUUCUGACACUCUGGAGAUUCUGAAUAGGUGUUAAAACAAAAAAAGGAAGAACAUAAUUUUCAGUGUUUAUAAAACAGGGGCUUAGAGCCCCCUGAGAUGCAUAUUUCAUCUAGGGUUGAGAAACCUAAUGUUGCAAAAAACAUCUUCUCCUUAGUCUAUGGUCUCUUGUCCUUUUAUCCUUCUGCUUUAUGGAGCUUUUAUUGGAGUCGGGAACUGCAGGCUUGGAGCAGGCAGUACCAUGAGGGCGCCAGAGUCACACACACGCUUGGCACGCACACAGACACACCACAUACAAGUGUUUUUAAAAACUUAGUAUCAUCAAGCAACACUAAAAUCAUUCUUAAAAAUUCAGAUCUGUUCUUAAAAGAAAGACCAAGUCUUGAAAACAGGGAAUCACCCUUUUGUUAUCUUUUCUAUCUUAAUCCUUCAACCCACACAAGACAUUUGUCUAGGUUGGAUGUUGAGACUAUUGCUUAUAAAUCCACAUAGCUUUGGUUCACAAGCUUUCUGAAGGCAAACAGCUGUCUCUGGCAUCCACCCGAGGUUCAGACGUCUUUCCAGACAACUGGAAGUAGAACUAGAAGGGAAUUUAAGGAGGCUUAGAGGCUACCCCCAGCCUGAGUAGGUAAAAUCUGAAAAUGAAUAGUACAGUUAGUGGCAUCUUCUAUUCCCCCCUCCAAGGUCAACAUGCUGUAAAGCCCAGGCUACUGGGGAGUGGGGGGGUGGGGGUUAUGGGUGUGUGCAAACACCAGGGGAAAUGAUGGUCAUUUUCUAGGGCAGAGGGUGAAGAGUUGUCUUUCUGGGAAGAAUCACCUUAUUUCCCAGGACCUUACUGAAGCACAGUCAGCUGGGACUCUUGUUGGUCCAUUGUCAUCUCUGGUCUACAGCCGUCCAGCUUUUUGCAGCUAUCGGGUGAAAGCUGGAGCUAGAACAGAAGUCUCCAGUAAUGGUUUUAGCAGAAGGCCAGUCAUGCCCUCUUUCAGUCCCUGUUCUCCCUCUUCUCUGGAUAGGCAGUUUUGUGAAAACUGAAUGCAAAGUUUUUUGCGGGGACCUAUUUUUUUUUUUAGCAUGAAAAGCUGUGAUUAAGGAUGGAGAGAAAGGAAACUUCGGCGACUCUGUGGUCUCAUUUUUCUAAGUUGUUUUCAAUCUAAGUAAGGAUGUUCCUGGGGUUUUAGUUCUACGUUUCUGUACUUAUCCCUAAGACUUGGGAGUUUUUUGGUUUUUUUUUUUUCUCAAAGCCUUCUGAGCUCUGUGAUAAAUAUUCAAUGUCAUAACAGAAAUUCUCAUUUGAGACCGGGGCAUUGAAAAAAUAUAUAUUCUUUAAAAAAAAACAGCAUGGGAAAAUAUUUUAGGAAGAGUACUCAAAUUGUAUCUACUGAAAUGCAUGUAGCAGUUAGAUGCAGAAAUGGAAGGGAGAAAAACCUAGAUGGUUAAUUUUCUAUAUAUAUAUAAAUGACAGCAAUGGCUUCGAGACACUUCAGUGCCCCUCCUGCCCCUGACCUACCACAUACAGACUGUGUUGAUUAGAGGCAGCAAUUUGAAGCUGAUGUCUCAAGCUUUUAACAAUAUCCUGCAGCAGGACUUUGUUUCAGUCCAGCACCCCUAAUAAUACCCUCAAGGGUCUGGGCACCAUCAGCUGACUUUGACCUAGGACUAAGCCCCACAAUAAUCAAGCCCCUUUCUGCUUUAUUUAAUGUGUUUCAAGAGCCUCAGGUACCUGAAGCACAACUUUAGUGUCUUACCAUUUAACACCCACUGGAUUGGUCCCAUCAGUGUGUGGAUGCCUCUGGUACUGGAAAUUUUGCCCGAUGCCCCUGGUUGCCUCUGUAGUGUAUCAAGUUCCGAGAGACAGCGUGGGUCAGGGGUCCUUAACUAGCAUCCAUCCACAAGUUUUUGGGGAUGUCCUGAGCUUAUCUGGAUCAUUUGGAGUUGGUGUGCCUUCUUCUGAAGGAGACAGUCCAUUAACCUCUGUCAGUCUCUCAAUGGGAGAGGCAUUACGGAGUACCAUAGAUACUCCUUAGCCUGCCAGGCAGCAAAUACCUGUAUGUCAGGUGUACCUCUACUCUCUAGAGACUGUCUUGGCUGGCUCCAACUCAGGAUGAAUUUCUCCCAGACCCUUUCCCCAUCUGCAGAGAGCAAUGCCAAGUACCCUCAGUUCACCAACGCUGAAAAGAACUAACGUGUUGAUCAUCCACUGUGUGCAAGGUAUUUAAGUACAUUACCUCAUUUAAUCCAUAAAUCAUCCUAUAAUGUUAGAUACUGUUAUUCUCCCUUUACAGAGGAGAAUAUGGAGGCUCUGAGAGGAAGAGUAACUUGCCCGAAGUCAAACAACUAGUAAACAGCACAAGUAGAGUCAACUGAAUCCAAAACCUUUCUUCUCCAAACCAUGUGGGCUCCCAAGAAGAAGGGACUGUGUCUAGGCUGUUCUUCCCAGGUAGGAAAGCCCUCCUUGUCCAACACUGGAGCAACUGUGGUAAGAGCUGAAUGGUACCUGCUGCUCCACUCAACUGCUGUAAAUGCCCUCCUGCUGAGCAGGAUGCAACAUUUGGUGUUCUGCCAGAACGUUAGUUAUAAAGCUGCAAAUAGAAGUAGUCGAUUUUUCUCCCCCUUCGAAAAUGGACAUAUCACUCAGCUUCUUUUAAAAUGGACUUACUAAGGUGGUUUUGAUUGUAGGUGAUGCAGCAAACCUCAGCGUUGGGGAGUUUCAAUUGGCCGACCGUUAUAGAUGGCCCUUGAUUUUGCUCUCUGCCACCUGAGCGUGAUGUAGGAAAAUGUCUCUUUUCAGGGAGUGGGGCUUUUAAAGUUCAUCUGUGUGUGACGCCGGGUUUGAGCUGUGCUUUGCAUUCGUAGCUUUACACUCUCUUUCUUCAUCUUGUCUCACAGCCGCAGCUAUUGAAUUUGACUGCUGGUCACAAGUUGGGUUUCUGAUCUGGUCUCUUUUAUUCUCUUGGGUAUAGGGGAACAUUAAGUAUUGCUAAUGAUAUCCUGGGGAGAAAGUAAAUCCAGGUGCCUCUGAAGAGACUUCAGAGUCCAAUAUAUUCAUUUGUUUUAUAUUAUUUGCUUUACAUCCCAGAGAGGUUACACGACGGCCAAAGUCAUACCGCAUCUUUAGAGGCAGAGCCAGGACUGGGAGCCCGGUUUUCUGAGUCCACCAACCACCCUGCCUCAUAUGGCACCUUUAGAGCUCUCAGGUGGGGAGUGGGGGGCCCAGGGAGGGGAAAUGACUUGUCUGAGGUCACGUGGCUUGUUGGUGGAGGAGUUGGAACUGGAACUCAGACCUGCAUCAGACUGUAUUCCCUGAGCUGUUGCAGGUAAAUCGGGUUUUUUGAAAGAAAAUAUAUACUGAAUGCACCCAGAGAACUAGCUAUUCAAAAAUGUCCAUUGUGAUUUUAAUGUGAACAGCUAUCUCUAAUUUGUCCUUUACUUGGCAAGGAUGGGGUGCAAAUCCAGAUUUUCUCCUUUAGUAUUUUGUAAGGUCAGUUCUACUUCUAUUCCCCCAACUCCUAGACAAAGAUCAAGGCCCCGACUAGCUCAGGGCUCCUGACCACCACCCACUGCCUACUUCUUCCGUCCAUCAAAACCAUGGAGUUUAGAGGGCAGAGGCCAUGACAUUAGGGACCAUAUUUAAAAAGAGUCAACUAGCAGAACCCCCCAUCUCCUUUCCCUUUUGGGGGAGGGAGGGAAUGGGCAGUGAAAGAGCGGCUGUGCGGUCUGCAGCGUGCCCUCCCAGGGAAUGCCACAGCCCUUACCAGCAGUGGGAGGUCCACCCAGCAAGGUCCACCUGGGCAGUGCCAGGAAAUGAAGUAGAUGUUCCAAUUUCAGGUCCCAGUCCAGGCUGAAUGGGGCUUCCAGGACUUCUCACCAGAGGAAUCAAGAACUCCUGUGCUUCUUUAAAAGGCGAUGGGUUCAUGGUCCCAUUGGAGUCUGGAGGUGAUGCCCGCAUCGCGUCUGAGUAACCCCAUCACUUAGGAGUGGGCGGCAGUAGCUGACUGACCUUCCUUCCCACGACAGGGUCCCCAUUUGCUGGAGCCCUGGAAAGGGCCAACCCAGCCUCUGGCUCCAGUUGCCUCCUGGUCAGGCUACUCAGUGUUGCACUACUGAAUACUCUUGAAUCUGACACACUGUUUCCUUUUCUGUUUUCACCAGCAGUGAGUAGAAUAAUAAAAAGAACAGGUUAGAUGCAAUGGCUUUACAUUUAGUGGGGUGAUCAAAGGCUUGCCUGGGCAGGUGUAGGCAGGCCUACAAAAUAACCCUGGUGUCACAAUGUAGCCGUCUCUCUCAUUCCCUGUCCUCUCCAGCCACACCAGGGCUAAGUUGUUGAAUGAGCCCCUUGGUUUCUUUUUAUCAAUGAGAUGACUUAUUUGUGAUUCUGAGUCUAAUCCCAGGGUAAGAAACAAAAGCAAGUGACCUGACCAGGUCCUUUACCCCCCUACUUCUCUUUCAGGCAUCCAAAUGCAGUCAGUAAUCCGCCCUGUGCCUUGCCCAGGGGAGAGAGUAGUUUCUGGCAAUGACGGCUUCCUGUUUGCUGCCUGGUGCUUUUACAUUUGUGUUUGUUUUUUUUAUAACCAAAAUUGCAUUUGUUUGGUUGCUUGUCAUUGUCAAGUAUGUAUUUAUUGUGUUUUACAAACAUGAGUAUAUAUAUGUAUAAAACCAAACAUAUAUAAAAAGUCAAGGCAUGUAUACUAGAUAUUUUAAAGAGUUAUUUAUCAAGGGACAAAAGAUGUGUGUUAUACGUAAACAGAGUCUAUAUUUUAUAUAUAAUGUAGAUAGCAAAAAAAAAGCUUAUAAAUUAUAGAAGGUUUUGGGUUUUUAUUAUUAUUAAAGCAAAAAAAUUUACAAAAGGACAAUGAAUGCAACUGUUCUUAGUGUUUUAAAGGCCAAACUACUGUGGGAGGAGGCCUUUCCUCCUGGCCCCAGUGGUCCUGUGUCUGCACUCUGCUCCAGGAAGAUGAUGGUCAUUGUUACCUCUGUGACGCUCAGGGGGAGCUGGUUCCUGUCAUGGGCCAGCUGGUGUGGGCCGCCUCAGAUGCAGUUUUCUGCUGUUCUCCGCAACUUGCAUUAGUGGGAUAAAGGAAUGAAAGUGGCAAAUAAAGAUUUAAAAGAAGA